AUGACUCCACCUUCUGGAUAUACUAAAGCUAAGACAGGAGAAGUCUGCAAGCUUAAAAGAUCUCUCUAUGGGUUAAAACAGGCAUCUCGCCAGUGGAACAAGGAGUUAAAUCAAACCUUUACUAUCAAGGAUCUUGGUUCCUUAACUUACUUUCUGGGUAUUGAAGUAUAUAGAGAUGCCACUGGUAUUUUUCUUGGUCAAAGAAAAUACAUCAAAGAUCUGCUACAUGAUGCUGGUAUGACAGAUUGCACUGUUGUUUCUGCUCCUCUUCCUUGUGGUUUGAAAUUGUUUAUUGAUGAUGGAGAUUUGCUUACUGAACCUGAGAUAUACAGAAGACUUGUUGGAAAAUUGUUGUAUCUGGGUAUUACAAGGCCAGACUUAUCUUAUUGUGUGCAACACCUCAACCAAUUUGUUCAUUCUCCAAGGGUGCCACACUUAAGAGCUGUGCUUCAUGUGCUUAAAUACUUAAAGGGCACCUUAGAUUCUGGUUUAUGGUACUCAGCUCACUCUGAUUUUACAGUCCUUGCAUAUAGUGAUGCUGAUUGGAGCUCGUGCCAGUAUAGCAGUAGGUCUCUCAGUGCUUAUGCUACUUUUCUUGGCUCAAAUUUGAUUUCUUGGAAGACCAAGAAACAACAAAGUGUAAGCAAAUCCUCUGCUGAGGCUGAAUACAGAAGUAUGUCAGCAACAGCUAGUGAACUUGUGUGGAUACAAGGUUUAUUAGAAGAUCUUCAGGUUGUAAUUCCUCUUCUAGUGACUCUCAACUGUGACAACACUUCUGCAGAACACUUGGCUCAAAAUCUAAUGUUCCAUGAGAAAACCAAGCACAUAAAGAGAGAUAUGCACUAUGUACGUGAGCAAGUAGAGUCUGGUUUCAUUCAAACAGCUCAUGUUUCAAGUAAAAAUCAGCUUGCAGACUUACUUACAAAGCCUCUUGCUUCUUCUCAGCACAAUCUUUUAUCUGCCAAGCUUGGACUUAUUUCUAAAGGUCCAGCUUGA